AUGAGUGUUGAACAAGUAACCAUAGAAAAUUCUAACCACCAUGCUUCUGAUGGUACCUGGACUCCUUCUACCUGGCGAACGAAAAAAAUAAACCAAAAUGUUACUUACGAGGAUAAAGAAAGUUUACAGAAAGUUGUUGAAAAACUAAACCAUGUUCCUCCUUUGGUAACACCAACAGAGAUUAACAAACUUCGUCAUCAACUCGAACAAGUUGCACUCAACAAGGCUUUCCUAUUGCAAGGGGGCGAUUGCGCUGAACUUUUUGAUUAUUGUUCACAGGAACCAAUCGAAUCAAAACUCAAAGUACUUCUUCAAAUGAGUUUAGUACUCAUAUGGGGUUCUAGGAUUCCUGUAAUUCGAAUUGCUAGAAUGUGUGGUCAAUAUGCGAAACCUCGAUCAAAUGAAAUGGAAAUGUAUGAAGGAAAAGAAAUUCAUUCUUUCCGUGGUGAUAUUAUUAAUGGUUAUGAACCUACUGAUAGACAACCCGAUCCUGAUCGUCUUUUAAAAGGAACGCGUCAAGAAUACCAAACAAUAGUUGAUCGCCUUACAGAUACAUUGGAUUUUAUGAAGACAAUUGGAGCAGACUCUCCUUUUACUAACACAUUAAAUAGCAUUGAUUUGUUCAUGUCACAUGAAGGAUUAAUACUUGAAUAUGAACAGUGCAUGACACGUUUGUUGAAGGAUCCAGAAACUGGUAGUCAAAAAUGGUACAAUGUUGGUGCACAUUUCUUAUGGGUGGGUGAUAGGACUAGGCAACUUGAUGAAGCGCAUAUUGAGUAUUUUCGUGGAAUUCGUAAUCCUAUUGGAGUUAAAGUGGGUCCCACCAUGCAACCUGAGGAACUUAAAAAAUUAUUGAAUAUAGUGAAUCCUGAUAAAGAGAUUGGAAGAGAACUUUCAAAAGUGAUACACACUCAUAAAAAUAAUGCAAGCAAAUUGAAUGGUGUGCAUUUUGAGCUUACGGGUGAAGGCGUAACUGAAUGUAUCGGAGGAUCAAUGGAACUAUCACAAGUAGAUCUUGAACAAAAUUAUAAGACCUAUUGUGAUCCUAGACUUAAUUAUGAGCAAAGUUUGGAUGUAGCAUUUUUAAUCGCAAAGUAUUGUGAAAAAGAGCGAAAUGAGUCACUUCCUGCGUUGUAA